AUGGACCCCGGAUGCAUUGGCAAGCUCAGAAAAGGCGUCUUUGGCCUGAGUGACUCACCUAGGAGAUGGUACUUGCGUUUGAACAAGGCUUUGCAAGCUUUGGGAUGGGAACGCUCCACUCUGGACUAUGCUGUUUGGUUUCUUUGGGCCCCAGAUGGAACGUUGAAUGGUGUCAUAGCCUCCCAUGUUGACGAUUUGCUUUGUGGUGGAAACGAAGAAGCAAUGAAGCCUUUGGAUUUGCUGGGGAAGGAGUUAGGUUUUGGCUCCCUCUCGUGUGACGAGUUCCAGUACUGUGGGAAGAAGAUCUCCCAACAAGAAGAUGGCACGAUCCGUGUGCGCUUUGACCAGCAGUAUGCCCUGUCAGUCCUGCAAAGCGAGAAGCCGAAGCCCGGCACUCUGGUGAAAGCCAACAACUUGGUGCCAAAGUUCAAGGAGCACUCCGACAUGGCUCUCUACUUUCGGUCAACGUAUGGAGCUGAGCUGCUUGGUGCCGAGGAAUCCUUUGACAUUGGCCAGUUCAUUCGUGGCGUUGUGGCUGAAUUCCAAGGCAUUCCAGUUCUUGGACGUCAUGUUGACCACGUGCUGGAUUCGAUUUCAAUGCGCGUCGUCACAGAUGCCAAAGAUGUGUACGACCGCUGCAGCUCAGACACAAGUUCCUAUGGCUCCCAGAAAAGCCUUGCCUUCACGAUUGCUUGGUUGAGAGCGAUGCUUCAACGCCCCAACACAAAGUUUCGUUGGACAUUGACCAUGAACAUGUUCAUCGACUGUGGAACGAAAGAGAUGGACGUCUCCCACUUCCAGCAGAUUGUGAAGACUGGUCGAUGGUGCGCAAAGUAUGAGGCAGCCUUUGUGAAACAAGGCAAGACAAAGGCAGCCAAACCGAAGCCCAAACGGAAUGCAACGAGCAGCACAGACCUUCCCGGAGUUGCGCUGAGUGAGGGUGACCCGAUGUUCCAGCAUGUACUGCAAUUAGGUUUGAUGCCCAAACUGGAAGCGUGUGGAGAAGGUUGGAAACUGAGGAUGGAUUUGAGAAGUUAA